AUGAGGGCCGUCCUCUGCCUGCUGCUGUGCGGCCUGCAGCCGAGCCUGCAGCACGCGGUAUCAAAUGAAUUUGUACAAAAUACAAAUUUUUCUAAUGAGACCGCCCAACAAAAGGAUCCUCUGUUUCCAGAGGAUCUAUUUACCAUGGAACAACGACGACAAGGGGCCGUUAUACUACACAUAAUGGGAGUCAUAUACAUGUUCGUGGCAUUGGCUAUAGUUUGUGACGAGUUUUUUGUACCUUCAUUGGAUGUCAUAAUCGAAAAAUUGGACAUCGCGGACGAUGUGGCCGGAGCCACAUUCAUGGCUGCCGGAGGUUCCGCUCCAGAACUAUUCACCAGUGUUAUCGGUGUCUUUGUGUCUUUCGAUGAUGUCGGUAUCGGAACUAUUGUCGGUUCGGCCGUAUUUAAUAUCUUAUUUGUGAUUGGAAUGUGCGCUUUAUUUAGCAAAACCGUGCUUACGUUGACUUGGUGGCCACUGUUUCGCGAUUGUACAUUCUAUUCAAUGUCGCUCAUCACCCUCAUAUUGUUCUUCCGAGACAACUAUAUUGAAUGGUACGAAGCUCUAAUACUCUUUAGCUUCUACCUCAUGUACGUGUCUUUUAUGAAAUGGAAUCAGCCAGUCGAAAGAUUUGUUAAGAAACAUCUAUACAAGAAUAAAGUGACAAGAGUAAGAAGCACGGAUCAGCUGAUGCCUUCGAGCCCUAAUUGCAAUUUUUUUUUAUUAUAUCUCGUAUUAAAAAAUCAUUAUUAA